AAAUGAACUCAAGACGUUAUACAGUCUUUUCUAUAGAAGUGACACUGCUGUUCUAAGGGAGUCCGGGCUACAAAGUAGCUUUGACAAAUAACGAGCAUGGCAGCAGAACAGGCAUUUGUCACUUUGGCCACAAACGAUAGCUAUGCGAGAGGAGCUAUGGUGCUUGGAAAGUCUCUUAGGAACCACGAGACUUCAAAAAAGCUGGUGGUGCUCAUUGGGCCCCAUGUGUCCGAUCAGGCAAGGGCAGUUCUUCAUAAGAUCUUCGAUGAAGUCAGGCUUGUGGAUGUGCUGGACAGUGGGGACACCGCACACUUGGCCAUGAUGAAGAGACCUGAUCUGGGUGUCACUUUCACCAAGCUGCACUGCUGGGCUCUCACACACUACUCCAAAUGUGUGUUUAUGGAUGCAGACACACUGGUGUUAUCAAACAUCGAUGAGCUGUUUGUCAGAGAGGAGCUGUCUGCAGCUCCAGACCCCGGCUGGCCUGAUUGUUUUAACUCUGGUGUGUUCGUGUUUCGCCCGUCCAACGAAACCUACGGCAAACUUCUGCAGUAUUGCACGGAGCACGGCAGCUUUGACGGAGGAGACCAAGGAGUUCUGAAUGGCUUCUUCAGCGACUGGGCAACAGCCGACAUCAACAAACACCUUCCUUUCAUCUAUAACAUGAGCAGCAUAGCCAUCUACACGUACCUUCCUGCAUUUAAACAAUAUGGUGCAAAUGCAAAGGUUGUGCACUUCCUGGGCCAGAUGAAGCCGUGGAGCUACGUGUAUAACACCACACAGAGGAGAGUGAGAGGAGACGCGCAGGCCUCGUCUCAGCCCGGCCUCCUGCUGCAGUGGUGGGCUCUGUACAGCGCUGAGGUGCUGCCCAUGCUGAUCCGAGAGUAUGGAGACCAGCCCUUCAACUCCGGCUGUGAGGAGGAAGCUGAGGAGAGCGAGGAGCGUGUUCAGCCGCUCAUGUCCUCAGCGGAGCGCAAGCAGCGGUGGGAACAGGGCCAGGCCGACUACAUGGGAAUAGACUCUUUUGACAACAUUCAGAAAAAGCUUGAUGCUUUCCUGAAAUAAAAAGUCAAAAUGUCAAAAACACAUACACAUACACAUUUGAGAGGGUAUUCAGCUAUGCAAGACUCAUCACACUCUUCAUCUUCCUCAUUUUAAUAGCAUUUACCAGAACUUUACCUUUGAACCUCAUGCAAAAUGUGAAUUCUGAAGGGCAUGGCAACUUCAGGAAUUUAUAAAGGGAGUUUGGGGCCAGCUUUCUCUGUCACAUGCUCAGAGUUUCCAUGUUUUAAAGAUGUUUUGGACUUAUACUGACACCUAGUGGUCUGGAGUUUUCAGUC